UGUGCUUUCUUUUGGGGGCACGGUGCUCGCUUCUUUCCUAGGGGGCAGCGGGAGGAAGGUGGCCGUGGGGGUCCGUCCCCUCCCGCGCGUGUGCGGAGAGGGGCCGGCGGCGGCGCCGGGGGUGCUCCGCGCCCUCGCCCUGCCCGCGGUGCAGUUACGAUGCGCCCCGGACGCCGUGUGGUUGCAGCGCGGCGGCGCUGACAUCGCUCACCAUGGACAGCUUCGACUUAGCUCUCCUUCAGGAGUGGGACCUGGACUCUCUAUGUGUGUAUGAACCAGAUAGAAACGUGCUGCGAAGGAAAGAAUGGGAAAGGAGAAAUCAGGAGGCCCAGCAGGACAAUGGCGCAUUUAACACAAGCUAUUCCCUCUUCAGUGAACCCUACAAGACUAACAAGGGGGAUGAGCUUUCCAAUCGCAUCCAGAAUACGUUGGGCAACUAUGAUGAAAUGAAAGACUUGUUAACUGACCGGUCAAACCAGAGCCAUCUCGUUGGGGUUCCAAAACCUGGGGUUCCUCAGACAUCUCUCCCCAAGACUGAUGAACAUCUUAUCACAGACUCAAGACCACCACCUCCUCCUCCUAUUUCCAGCACUACUUCUUCCACACCAGCAUCCCUAGCUGCCCAGCAGAGCAAAAGUACCACGAUGGGCUGGCAGAAGGCUGGGCAUAAUGCCGCUUCAGAUGGCCAGCAGAGAGCAAGCAAACACGGACACCGCUCGCUGAGGUCCACAUUAGGAGACAACAUCAACAGAGGCCAGCAGCCAGCAAAGCUCAGUUGUAGCUCAGAAGGAGGAACUCAAGUCCAAGAGAGGCCAGCAAAGCACGGUGGGGGGCACUGUGUCCAAAACUUCCCACCUUCUCUUGCUUCAAAGCCCAGUCUGGGUCAGCAGAAGCCAACAGCUUAUGUGAGGCCAAUGGACGGUCAAGACCAGGCUCCUGAUGAGUCACCAAAGCUGAAGUUGCCAGCAGAGACGACCAAGUCAUAUCGGGGAGUGCCUUCCAGCAAGCCUGAUUCAGCCAGGACCAAGUCAAAGAUCACCAAGUUCAGCAUUCCUAAGCAAGCAGAAGACAGUGGAACAGGAGAUAACAGCUGCAUUGAAGAAAUAUUGCGGGAGAUGACCCAUUCAUGGCCUCCACCACUGUCAGCUAUUCACACACCAGGAAAGGCAGAACAAAGCAAGUUUCCCUUUCCAAACAAGGAGUCACAACAGGGAUCUACAGGACACAGCAAUACGAGGAAAAGUGAUGUAGAGCCAAAGACCCCAGAGAAAAGCGCAACCCAUACAUCAAUGCUAGAAGAUGACCUCAAGUUAAGCAGUGAUGAGGAGGAGAAUGACCAGCAGGCAGCACAGAGAUCUGCUCUCCGCGUUCUAUCUGACAGCCUGGUGGUGCCGCAGUCCAAUGCCCGAGCCUCGGGGCUCUCCAGCAAGGGGUCGAGCAGCAGUAGCUCCAGUGAAUCCGAGACCAGCUCAGAGUCUGACUCAGAGAGUGAAAGCAGCUCCAGCGAGAGUGACGGCAGCAAGCCCUCGCAUUACUCCAGCCCAGAGCCUGAGCCGCCCUCGUCCAACAAGUGGCAGCUGGACAAGUGGCUGAACAAAGUUACCCCUCACAAAGCGCCCAUCCUAACCCACCACGAUGGCCCGGCGCUGGAAGCCCAUCCCUACUACGGCCGGGUGAAGGCAGAGCGGCAGGAAGGACAGAAGACCCCGGCUGAGGGCCCGGCCGAGCACCGCAGUGAGGAGAGCCGCACCGCCGCCGCCGCCGCCGCCGCCGCCGCCGCCGGGGACGGGCCGCGGCCUAGGACCGCCAACAAAGCUCCAGGCAGCAAGGGCAGCCGGCAGAAGUCACCCCUCGCUGCCGACGGCGGGCCGCCGAGGCGGGCAGCGGGGAAAAAGGCACCGCGGCGAGCCGAGAGGAACUCCGCCGGAGACGGGCCCCCCUGCCCCAGCGCAGAGGAGCCCCCCCGGAGCCACGGCUUCCCUGAAAGCGCUGCUGCCGAGGCGCCCAGGGCCCGGCCCGGCGGCGGCGGCUGCAGAGCGGGGCACCGCCGGGAGCCCCGCUCAGCUGCAGCUGGUGAGAAGCGUCGGGCCCGAGGGCCAAGCAAAACGGCGCCCAAAUCCAAGGAGUUCAUCGAGACCGAGUCUUCAUCCUCAUCGUCCUCCUCCGACUCAGGCUCUGAGUCGGAGCGGGAGGAGCGCCCGCUGCCCAAGGCGCCAGCGGCAGCCGGGCCUGAGCCGCGGGCUGCCAAGGACGCGGGGACCGGCACCGCCAGCAAACCCCACGGCGGCUGCAGUGCCUUUGGCUCUAUUAAUGCCAGGACUAGUAGUGAAAUAGCAAAGGAGCUGGAGGAACAGUUUUACACCCUGGUUCCUUUCGGUAGGAAUGAGCUCCUGUCUCCUCUGAAAGACAGUGAUGAGGUAAAGUCGCUGUGGGUCAACAUUGACUUGGCUCUUUUGUCCAGGAUUCCAGAGCGUUUGCCCGAAGAACCGCUGGCCAUGAGCGCCGGAGCAAACCAGGCGGCCAGCUUCCCGCAGGGUAGUAGUGCUGAACCCCCCGCAGAGAAGGGUUUACCGAAAUCUAGAAGGAAACGCAAGUGUGAGAAUGAGGAAGAGUGCAGAGACAUCAAGAAGACUCACUUAGAGAGAGAGAGUUCUUCACGAUUAGCUGCCUCUGCCCAAAGCAUCACAACAGCAAAUCACUGCAAUAUGAAUGAAAAUAGCUUGGCAAUACCAAUAAAUAAAAAUGAGAAAAUGCUUCGGUCACCCGUCUCUCCUCUCUCUGAUGCAUCAAAACACAAAUAUUCCAGCGAUGAUUUAACUUCCUCCAGCAGACCUAAUGGCAGCAGUCUAUUACCUUCAAUCUCUUCCAGCAAAAAACAUAAGGGUGAAAUCCAGUCACAGCCACAUCCUGGAGACUUCAAUAAAGCAGUUCACAUCAAUUCAGAAAAUGUUCUUCUCUGCAAUAAGCCACAGUUCCAAACAGAGCCUUGGUCACCUCUGUCCACCACACCCAGGGACUGCAGAAGAACAAAGCUUAUCUUCGAUGAUAUACCACGCAAUGCAGAUUACUUUAUGCAGGAAGCUAAACGGAAGAAGCAUAAAGCAGAUGCAAUGGUGGAGAAGUUUGGAAAGGCACUGAAUUAUGCAGAAGCAGCCCUAUCGUUUAUUGAGUGCGGAAAUGCAAUGGAACAAGGUCCAAUGGAAUCUAAAUCCCCUUAUACCAUGUAUUCAGAAACAGUUGAACUCAUCAGGUAUGCUGUGAGACUAAAAACCCACUCAGGCCCCAACGCCACGCCAGAAGACAAACAGCUGGCAGCAUUAUGUUACCGCUGCCUGGCCCUUCUGUACUGGAGGAUGUUCCGACUCAAGAGAGACCACGCGGUCAAGUAUUCUAAAGCGCUUAUUGAGUAUUUCAAGAAUUCAUCAAAAGCUGCCCAGAACCCAUCUCCUUGGGGUGCCAGUGGAAAGAGCACAGGAACUCCAUCACCUAUGUCCCCAAGCCCUUCUCCAGUCAGUUCUGUAGGAUCCCAGGGGAGCACGGGGGCCCCUUCCCCAUCUCCUAUCAUCAGCAUCCCGCAGCGCAUUCAUCAGAUGGCUGCCAACCACGUCAGUAUCACCAACAGCAUCCUGCACAGCUAUGACUACUGGGAGAUGGCUGACAACCUGGCCAAGGAAAACAGAGAUUUUUUUAAUGACUUGGACGCAUUGAUGGGACCCAUCACCUUGCACAGCAGUAUGGAGCAUUUAGUUCAGUACACUCAACAAGGACUUCACUGGGUGCGGAACAGCGCUCACUUGUCAUAAUGACUGUGUGCCAUUCACAUGGACAGUAUCUCUUUCAUGGAUAAUUCAGUUAUUCUGGACACUGUGCUACAGAAAUAGUCAGCUACAGCAUUGAUCCAAACAAAGGUGAAUAUUUCUUCAAUAUUGAGCAAAAUUCUUCUGAGUGUAGACAUAUAUGUAUGCAGAGGUACAAUAUACAAUGAUGUCUCUUCAGAAUGAAUUGUUCUGUAUCACUCUCCAAACAUUUUCAUAUGCUAGAAAUACUAUAAAGAACUGAUCUUAAUGCACAUACCCUUUCUAUUCUUGUACUGAAAAACUCAGAAACCAAAAUCUUAUGGGUUGAUUGAACCAAGUGCAAUAAGCACAGAUCCCUAUUCAGGAAAGCUCACAAUAGAUUCUUAACUUUAAGCUUGUACUGAAAUCCUGAUGACUUCAGCAGAGCUUAAGCACAUACAGAAGGGCUUUCCUGAACUGGAAUGAAUGAAGGCAAAUCGUAGACAUGGAGAAUUUUUACUGCGAGCAUGGACACAUCACAGAAGUUCCCAUAUUAAUGUGCCAUCUCCCUGUUACUUCUCCACUGGAGCACAGAGAGGAGUUGUGUAGUCCGCAUUAAGUCG